CUGCGCGUGCUCCAUUCUGUCACUGCUGGCAUCCAGACAGCUGCAAGCUCGUGGCAAUGCAUCUUUCGAAAGAGAGGGAGGGAGAACAGCAGCAGUCGUUCGGGCACUCAGCAAACUAUCGCAGUUGUCUGGGUGACAGCUAUCUCGGCUCAACAGUUUAUGAGCGAGUAAAGAAUGAGAAGAGAGGAUUCUCUUACUGACUGGACAGCGCAGGAGACUCGCCCUAAAAAGACUUUGACAUGAAGAAGGACAUUGAGACGCUGAUAGCAGAGGAACGGGCUGACAUCAUCUCCAAGUAUGACAAGGGCAGGCAGGAGGGUGUCCAGAUCGACCCUUGGGAGGAUACUGACUACAGCAUCUAUAAGGUCACAGACCGCCACGGCUUCCUGCACGAAGAGGAGCUGCCGACUCCGAGCGCAAUUGAAGAGAAGCAAAAGCAUCAGGAGAUUGAGCGGGUGGAGAAAUGGCUGAAGAUGGUCAAGAAGUGGGACAAGUACAGGAACAGUGACAAGAUGGUGAAGCGUGUGUACAAGGGAAUCCCCCUCCAGUUGAGAGGCCAGGCCUGGGCUCUGCUACUGGACAUAGAGAAGGUGAAGCAGGAGAACUCUGGAAAGUAUGAGACUAUGAAGGAGCAGGCCAGGAGUUUCUCUACAGAGAUCAAACAGAUUGAUCUGGAUGUCAACAGAACCUUCCGGAACAACAUCAUGUUCAUGGAACGCUUUGGAGUCAAGCAGCAAGCCCUGUUCCAUGUGCUAGCGGCCUACUCCGUAUACAAUACGGAGGUGAGCUACUGCCAGGGGAUGAGUCAGAUCGCUGCCAUCCUGCUCAUGUACCUGAACGAGGAGGACGCCUUCUGGGCCCUGUCCCAGCUCCUCACAAACAACAACCACGCCAUGCAUGGAUUCUUCAUCCCUGGGUUCCCCAAGCUGCAGCGCUACCAGGCCCACCACGAGCAGAUCCUGUCCAAGCUCCUCCCUAAGCUAAAGAAACACCUGGACAGAGAGCAGAUGUCCAACGGAAUAUACACCACUAAAUGGUUCCUGCAGUGCUUCAUAGAUAGGACCCCGUUCACCCUGACCCUGCGCUUGUGGGACAUCUACAUCCUAGAGGGAGAGAGGAUACUCACAGCCAUGGCCUACACCACCCUCAAAAUACACAAGAAGCGCUUGCUGAAGCUUCCUCUGGAGGACCUGAGGGAGUUCCUCCAGGAGCACCUGUCCAGCUCAUUCUUCCUACCCGACGACGUGGUGGUGGAGCAGCUGCAGGCGGCCAUGACCGAGCUCCGCAAGAUGAAGCUGGACCUCCCUCCAUCAGCCAAGUCAGAGGAGCUGCCUAAGAAGCCCCUCGGUGAGGAGCGGCCUGUUCUCCUGAUGCCCUUCCAGCGUGAUCUAGCCCUCCCUCUGGACCAGCCCAAGACCAGUCUCCAGGCCCCGCUCCAGCUCCAGCCCCAGCCCCACAUAGAGGCCCACAGGCCGGACACCAUCAACCUUGACCACUCCUCCUGUCCCGGGGACACCCAGGACACCUGCAGCAUCCCUGGGGCCCACGACCCUCCGUGCCCCAUGCCCUCUCAGGACCCAGUGGUAGUCCACAAUCAGGCUCUGAUGCCAGAAGGGCCUAAAAUAUGUCCAGUCACCCCACCCAAGCCUCCGCCGAAGCCACAUAAGGUUGCGUCCACUCCAGGGGUGCGGGGUGUCAGGGAUAGGGUGGAGGAGUGUCCGAGUGACCAUGUCUCAGAGGUGGAGAAAGGAGGAGAAAGAAGUCUGUCUGAGGGUAGGGGUAGUAGAGCGGGGAUGGAGGCCCGAUCUGCAGGUCCAGAGACCCAGGGAGAGCCCGGUUACUGGCCUCCGCCCUACGAGCCCCCUGUUGGGGAUGUUUCCAUCACGCAGUCUGGAUCAGGGUCCAAGACACUGGAGUUCCCAGAUCUACCCCCUCCACCUUUUUACUCUAUGGAAGAGAGCACCCACACACCCCUGGACCCCGAACCUCCAUUCUUGCGAGACGGGACCAAGGUAGGGCUGAAGUCGGACUCUGUGCCCCCCUGCUCGGCUCUUUCACUAGGGGUAGAACCCCUACCGAAGCCUAAGAGUCCGCGUCCACCUCCACCCACGUCCCUGGACCUCAUCCUGGAGGAAUCCCCGUCCUCGCGGCCUUCUUUUUCCCUCGCCUUUGCCAAGCCGUCCCCCCAAAUCACCUUCAAGCCCACUAAGUUCCCCGUGUCGCUCUGUGUGCCCCAGAUGGCAGGGGACCGCCGGCCCUCAAACACCUCCCAGUACGACAAUCUCUCAGAGGCUGACGACGAGGACUGCUUCAUGGACCGGCUGCUGGAGGCAGCCACUGCCCUGCCGCAGAGUCCCUUGCCAGGCACCAGCCCUCAGGAAACACUGGGGAUGUUCGGCCUACCACCACCGCCGCGCAUACCCGAGCUAGAUGAUGACCCCUCAUCCUCCUCUCUUUUCCAUCCCCUACCGCCGCCGCCUCCGGUGUUCCUCCUUUCCCUGCUCGACACCUCCUUUCCCACCCCUCUCUCUGCCUCUCCCUCCCCCUCUCCUCUUCCUCCCACCUUCUCAGCCCUUCCCUCUCUUCCGCAGGAGCCGGACUAUGAAGGACAGGAGGAGAGCUGGGUGGUAGACUCCAUCGUCAUCCCUCCUCCGCCGCCCUGCUUCGCCGAUAGACUUGCUCCUUUCCAGUGUAGCCCUCCUCCUAACCACCACACUGGGCUCAGCAGCCUAACGGACACACACAGAGCCACCACUGCCAACCAGAGCCAAAGCUCAAACCAGAACCAGGGCUCCUCCCAGUUCCAAAAACUGCCCAAGACCUACAGGCCCCUCCCUGCCCUGCCUGCCUUCACGGCCCAGAUGCUGCUUCCUGGGCCCUCAUCUGGACAGUCGGCAGGAGAGGUCCCCUCAGUGCAAUCCAACCCAGACUUUUAUAGAAUGCAUGCUGGAAGCCACCAGCUGCCCAAAUCGGUAACCUUUUAGGGUUUCUAUAGUUUGAAAGAGUUUGAAACAUAAAGAAUUUCAGACACGUGGCUGGGUGGGAACGAGACAAUGGACUGAAGAGACUGCUGCAAUUACCUACUGUGCUCAUCUAGCAUACAAAGCCAUUUUGUAGGAGGGAGAGGGAAAAGCCCUUAGUGUGGUCAGUUGCUGUUUUUGGAGAGAGCAAAUCACUUUUUUCACAGUUAUGUAUAGAUAUUUUGUGAUGUUUGCACCUUCUUAUUAAGGGCAACAAAUAGUUUUCUAAAUGUUAACCUAAAUUUGAAAACGUAGCCUUGCCUCACAUUUUGGAGGUAGUUUUAAGGUGUUUGUGCAUGUGUCUGGCAAUAUGACCAGUUGGUCUUUACAUCAUGUAGGAAUCUGUUUGUCUUUCGGUUCCUUUUUCCUGUAACAGUAAAGUGUCUUAAGAAUUGAGUAGUUUAACAUCCAAUGAAAACAGGAAUUUCUGUUCAAGAACUUAACUCAAAGGGCUUUCCAAGUUGGCAUACAAUCAUUGUGAAGCACCAAAGGCAUAUAUCCCAUACCAGUAUUAAUUUAUGUGAGCAGGCUCACAGAACUCAAUACAAUAUAGUUAGACCAUAUGGUUAUUGAACUUAUUUGAAUAUACACUGCUUAAAAACAUGAAUUUGUAAACUAUUUAAAUAACAUUUAUAAGG